AUGGGAACGUGCUUAGAUGAAGGAUGGACUUACUGCGGCCUCACUAAAGGUCACAAUCCUCUUAAGGUCAUGACAUGGCCCCUGGCACUGUGGCUAUUGACUCUAAUCUCUGUGAAUCAAAAGACAACUGUUGGACAGACUCUGAACACCUUCCAGUCAGAGAGGAAGGACUGGUCGCUGAACCACCUGACUGUGCAUCAGUCUACGGGGGCUCUCUACGUUGGAGCUGUCAACCGAAUCUACAAGUUGUCAGCUAAUCUCACCCUCCUGGUGUCCCAUGAUACAGGGCCAGAGUAUGACAACAAAGCAUGUUAUCCUCCACUGAUUGUCCAGCCCUGUUCUGAGCCUCUUGCCUCUACUGACAACGUUAACAAACUGUUACUUAUCGACUACUCUCACAACCGGCUGCUGGCCUGCGGCAGUCUCUACCAGGGCGUCUGCAAGCUGAUGAGGCUGGAUGAUUUGUUCAUCCUUGUGGAGCCUACGCACAAGAAAGAACACUACCUGUCCAGUGACAACCAGACAGGGACGAUGUACGGGGUUGUUGUGCCCUCGCAGGGUCAGGAUGCGACUCUGUACAUAGGCACGGCAGUUGGAGGCAAACAGGACUACUUCCCAACCAUCUCCAGCCGCAAGCUGCCUCGUGACCCAGAAUCCUCUGCCAUGCUGGACUAUGAGCUUCACACUGACUUUGUUUCCUCUCUCAUUAAAAUCCCUUCAGAUACGUUGGCUCUUGUCCCACACUUUGACAUCUACUACAUCUAUGGCUUUGCCAGUGGCAGCUUCGUCUACUUCAUGACCGUCCAGCCAGAGACGCCUGAGAAUGGGAUGCCCGCUGGCGGCUCCCCAGGCGACCUGUUUUACACCUCUCGCAUUAUCCGCCUCUGCAAAGGUGACAAGAAGUUCCACUCAUAUGUGUCACUUCCUGUGGGGUGCAUACACAGAGGUGAGGAGUACCGUCUGCUGCAGGCAGCUUACCUGUCUAAGGCUGGAAGGGUUCUGGCAAAGUCGCUCAACAUCAGUGCCCAGGACGACGUGCUCUUUGCCGUGUUCUCCAAGGGACAGAAGCAGUGCCACGACCCUCCAGAUCACUCCGCUCUCUGCGUUUUCACCAUCCAAGACAUUAACACGCGCAUUAAGGAGCGGCUGCAGACCUGCUAUCAGGGAGAGGGAAACCUGGAGCUGCACUGGCUGCUGGGAAAGGAUGUGCAGUGCACCAAAGCGCCUGUUCCCAUUGAUGAUCACUUCUGCGGCCUGGACAUAAACCAGCCCCUGGGUGGUUCCCAACUGGUGUCGGGUCAGACGGUGUACACUGAGAGCAGGGACAGGCUGACCUCUGUCACCUCCUACAUCUACAAUGGACACAGUGUGGUCUUCCUGGGGACCAAGAGUGGGCGGCUGAAGAAGAUCAGACUGGACGGUCCUCUGGAGGGAGGAGUGCUGUAUGAGACAGUGACUGUGAUGAAGGAUAGCAGCCCCAUCCUCCGGGACAUGGCCUUCUCCCUGGACCGGAACUCUCUCUAUGUCAUGUCUGACAAUCAGGUGGCUCAGGUCCCUGUGGAGACCUGUGAGCAGUAUGGUUCAUGUGCUGAGUGUCUAAGCUCCGGUGACCCCCAUUGUGGCUGGUGUGUCCUGUAUAACAUGUGCUCGAGGAGGGAUCGGUGUCAGAGGGCGGAGGAGACCUUCCGUUUUGCCACUGACAUUGACCGCUGUGUGAAGGUUAUCGCUCACCCGGACAGCAUUGCUGUAUCAGCACAUAGUGUUCCUCUGCUGCUGGAGGUGAAUAACGUUCCAGACCUUUCUGCUGGAAUCACCUGUUCAUUUGGGCAGCAGGCCCAAGUUGAGGGUCGUGUCAAUGGGAACAGCUUCAUGUGUCUGUCCCCAGCUGGGAAGGAGGUCCCUCAGAUACCAGAAGGACAAGACUGGGCUGGCGUAGAGCUUCGUCUGAACUCAAAGGAGACGGGUCAAACGGUUGCCAGCACAGAGGUGAAGUUCUACAACUGCAGCACACAUAAAACGUGUCUGUCCUGUGUAAACAGCACUUUUCGUUGCCACUGGUGUAAAUACCGCAAUCUGUGCACCCACGACCCCAGCAGCUGUUCAUUCCAGGAGGGAAGAGUAAACGCCUCAGAGGACUGCCCUCAGCUCCUUCACUCUGGAGAAAUUCUCAUUCCGGCCGGCGAGGUCCGACCCAUCACCCUCAGGGCCCGAAACCUGCCCCAGCCGCAGUCAGGCCAACGGGGCUACGAGUGCGUGGUGCACGUGCAGGGUGUCAGCCACCGUGUCACGGCACUGCGCUUCAAUAGCACCAGCGUGCAGUGCCAGAACAGCUCGUACAUGUAUGAGGGUGUGAAGAUCAGUGACCUGGCAGUAGACCUCUCCAUCGUAUGGAACGGCAAUUUCAUCAUCGACAAUCCCGAGAAGAUUAAAGUGCACCUCUACAAGUGCAGUGCCCAGCGCGACAGCUGUGGCAUGUGUCUGCGGGCAGAGAGGAAGUUCCAGUGUGGCUGGUGUAGCGGCGAGGGCCGAUGCACCAUGAAGCAGCACUGUCCACCCAUCUCCCCCUACGCUAGCCGCUGGCUGAACCUUUCUGCCAGGAAUGUCAAGUGUACCAACCCACGCAUUACUGAGGUGAGCCCAGUUGCAGGACCUCUGGAAGGGGGCACACAGGUCACCAUCCAGGGCCUGAACCUGGGUCUGUCAUUCUCUGAGCUGGAGGGCAAUGUGGAGGUGGCAGGUGUGCAAUGUACCCCACAGGAGGAGGGAUACAUCACUGCUGAACAGAUUGUGUGUGAGAUGGCUGAGGCUCCUAAAGGUAGUUCACCAGGUCCAGUGAAGCUGUGUGUUGGGGAAUGCAGACCAGAACUACGGGCACAGUCCUCCCAGCUUUACUCCUUUGUGACCCCUUCGAUGCUGGCGUUGACCCCAGGCAGAGGACCUGAAUCCGGGGGCACGAAGGUCACCAUUGUUGGGGAGAAUCUGGGUGCUGGAAGCACUGUUAACGUGUACUUUGGUAAUCAGACCUGUGAGCUGUACAGGAGGACCAUGGCGGAGAUUGUUUGCUUCUCUGCGCCAUCUGUGACGAGAGCCGGACCAGUGCAGGUCAGUCUGAGUGUCGACCGGGCCAAAGUUCCUGGGAGUCUGGCCUUUGAGUACAUAGAAGACCCAACAGUCCAGCGCAUUGAGCCCUUGUGGAGUAUUACCAGUGGACACACCACCCUGACAGUGACUGGAACCAACCUGGAUGUAGUUCAGGAGCCACGGGUCAGAGUCAAAUAUGCCGGCCAUGAAUCUGUCAAUGUGUGCAAAGUGCUGAACACAACCACCAUCAGCUGCUUUGCACCCUCUCUGAAAGCGGAGUACACAGCAGACCAGGAGACGAUCAAACACGUGGACGAGUUUGGCUUUGUCUUCAACAAUGUCCAAGCUCUUCUGACUUACAACAACACAAGCUUUGUCUACUACCCCAACCCCUACCUGGAACCCCUCAGUCUAUCAGGUGUUCUCGAGCAGAAACCUGGUGCUCCAAUCAUACUCAAAGGACGUAACCUGGUGCCAUCUGCAUCUGGUGGAGCCAGGCUGAAUUACACAGUACUGAUUGGAGAAACGCCCUGUUCUCUCACUGUGUCUGACACUCAGUUACUCUGUGAGCCACCAAACCUCACCGGGCAGCACAAAGUCCUGGUCCAAGUAGGAGGACUCCACAUCUCUCCAGGAGAGGUUCACAUCCGGUCUGACAGCUUGCUCACCCUUCCUGCCAUCUUCAGCAUCACAGCUGGAGGAGGGCUGCUCCUCAUCAUCGUCAUUAUAGUCCUACUGGCCUACAGACAGAAGUCACACGAGAACGACCUCACUCUGAAGCGCCUGCAGAUGCAGAUGGACAAUCUGGAAUCCCGAGUGGCUCUGGAGUGCAAGGAGGCUUUUGCAGAGCUGCAGACAGACAUCAAUGAGUUAACGAGUGAUCUGGACAGAGCAGGCAUCCCCUACUUGGACUACCGCACUUACGCUAUGAGGGUUCUCUUCCCCGGCAUCGAUGAUCACCCUGUGCUCAGAGAGCUGGAGGUGCCGGGGAGCGGACAGGCGAAUGUGGAGAAAGCCUUGAAGCAGUUUGCUCAGCUGGUGAAUAACAAGGUUUUCCUGCUGACAUUCAUCCGUACACUGGAGCUGCAGCGCUCCUUCUCCAUGCGUGACCGCGGUUAUGUUGCCUCGCUCAUCAUGACUGCUCUGCAGGGCCGGCUGGAGUACGCCACAGACAUCCUCAAACACCUGCUCUCAGAUCUAAUAGAACGCAACCUGGAGAGCAAGAACCACCCCAAACUACUGCUCCGCAGAACAGAGUCUGUGGCGGAGAAGAUGCUGACAAAUUGGUUUGCUUUCUUGCUUCACAAAUUUCUCAAGGAGUGUGCUGGCGAGCCGCUCUUCAUGCUGUUCUGUGCCAUCAAACAGCAAAUGGAGAAGGGACCCAUAGACUCCAUCACCGGAGAAGCACGCUAUUCCCUCAGUGAGGACAAACUCAUUCGACAGCAGAUUGAGUACAAGACGCUGACGCUGAGCUGUGUGAACCCAGACAAUGAGAACAGCCCAGAAAUCCCUGUCAAGGUGCUCAACUGUGACACCAUUUCCCAGGUAAAGGAGAAGAUCCUGGAUGCGGUGUACAAGAACAUGCCCUACUCGCAGCGACCACGGGCUGCAGACAUGGAUCUCGAGUGGCGGCAGGGCAGAACAGCUCGUGUGGUCCUGCAGGAUGAGGACAUCACCACCAAGAUAGAGAGUGACUGGAAGAGACUCAACACACUCAUGCACUACCAGGUGUCUGAGCGCUGUGUGGUGGCCUUGGUGUCCAAACAGAUGUCCUCUUUCAACAUUCCUUCCUCAGCCAGCUUCCCACGGAGUAUCAGCAGAUAUGGUGUGGACGUACCCUUCCGCUCCACACCCACCAGCCCGGACAGCCCCCACUCCCGUGUGCCCAUGCUGACCGCUGACCUGGAGAGUGGGGUCAAAGUUUGGCACUUAGUCAAGAAUCACGACCAUGGAGACCAGAAAGAAGGCGAGCGUGGCAGCAAGAUGGUUUCUGAGAUCUACCUGACGAGGCUACUAGCAACAAAGGGCACACUGCAGAAGUUUGUGGAUGACCUGUUUGAGACCCUGUUCAGCACUGUGUGUAGGGGCACUGCCCUGCCUCUGGCAAUCAAAUACAUGUUUGACUUCCUGGACGAGCAGGCUGACAGGCACGGCAUCCAUGACAUGGACGUUCGCCACACCUGGAAGAGCAACUGCCUGCCCCUGCGCUUCUGGGUUAAUGUGAUCAAGAAUCCCCAGUUUGUGUUUGACAUCCACAAAAGCAGCAUCACGGACGCCUGUCUGUCUGUGGUGGCACAAACCUUUAUGGACUCUUGCUCAACUUCUGAACACCGUCUGGGCAAAGACUCACCCUCCACCAAACUACUCUAUGCCAAGGACAUACCGCAUUACAAAAGCUGGGUAGAAAGGUACUACGCUGACAUCAACCGCCUGCCUGCCAUCAGUGAUCAGGAUAUGAAUGCCUAUCUGGCUGAACAGGCCCGCCUUCACUCCAGUGAGUUCAACAUGCUCAGUGCCCUCCAUGAGAUCUACGCUUAUGUCAGCAAGUACAGCCAAGAGAUUAUUGAGGCACUGGAGCAGGAUGAACAGGCCCAGAAGCAGAAAUUGGCAUAUAAAGUGGAGCAGAUCAUCUCAGCCCUGUCUACAGAGAGCUGAAACACACACACACAGUACGCACCAAAACAUACUAUUACAGACCCAUCGGAACACACACAUUAUUAGGUGAAAUCGCACACACACACACACACACACACACACACACACACACCAGAUUUAAUGGACCUACAGUAUUAACAAGCUGAUAAUACAUACACAAAGAGAUACAUACACAUGCAAAUGUACAUACAUAUAAACCACUGCACACAUCAAACAGCAGAUCGUCCCAAAGCAUGACUUUUGAAUCCAAUGUCAUCAUUUUUUUAGAAGAAAC